UGGACCACCAUCAAAGCCAAGCUUUCCAGUCAAGCUUUCUGAGUGACGCUGGUCCAUGCCCUCUUCAGACAUUCUCCCCCUUGUAACUGCCAGGUUCUCCAGACUGACGUCGCGAACCGUUUCCCGUUUCCCCUGGUCCUAGCUGGCCUGUCCGUUCCACCUGCAGUUGAAGUCUCCAGUCUUGGCAGACAAGUUUCCGUGUUGGGUCCACUGAAACAAUUGUUAAGCCAACCAACAGAGCCACUGCACCACUGCUCCCAAACAGCCUCAACGCCGCGACCGCGAUCUCAAAGUAAACACAACAUCAACACCACCAGUCACUUUGUCGCAUGUCUUCGGUCCAUACGCCGACUGCGCUCCUCACGCCAUGCCGCCGUCGUCAAUCCCUCAACCCGGUCAGGGCAAGCCGCCCUCGCGACGCGGUUCUGUAAGCGGUCCCUCAGGCCCGCAGGGACAGUUUCGCGCCAGCAUUGGAGCCAGCGCCAUCCCACGCCCACAGACAGCGCUCAGAGGAUGUAGGCCCGGAAGUUUUCGCGCUUCGAUUAGUGCUCAGCCGUCUUUCGCCUCCAACCUUACCGGCGAUUCGCACAUUCCUCUAUCGAUUGCCAACUUGAGCCGUUCGAGUUCGCGGCAAGGUCGCACGCCGACCGGGCCAUCACCGCCGCCCGCUAACGAUGAAACCGCGGCCAGCUCUACGAACCCGACGCGCGAUAGCAGCAAGGAGAACAUUGCGCCCCCAGAUGCAGCAGAGUACGAAGCCCAGAGGCGGCGAAUCGAAGAGCUGAAGGCCGAGGUUGGCACUCUCAGCUACCAGAUCAGCAACUAUGAACAGGAAAAGGAGUUGGCGCGACUGCAGAUGGAGAACGAGAUGCGCGAUAUCCGAAGACGCGCUGAGGAGGAUUUCAAAGCAAAACAAGCCGCCGACGCCGAAAAGUCCAAGGCGUUGCGACACGCCGAGUCGCUGCAAGCCGAAUUGGACGCCCUACGAGCCGAGAAGGGGACCCAAAAACGAGAACUCGAUGCGAAAACAAGGGAAGCGCAGGAAGAGGCAAGGCUUCUUCAAGAACAGGUUGAGGAGUUAAAGGCCGGCAAGGAGGAAGCGGCACGACUAGCGGAGCGAGAAACUACCGAAUUGAAGGCCAAGGUUGCUCUGCUGGAGAGAACCGCCCAAGAAGCGGAGGAGGAGAACAGAACACGAAACGAUACCCUUGAAAAAGUCAAUGCCCAACUGGUAGAGCGAGACGACACAAUAGGCAAACUCGAAGCCGAGGUUCUUCGACUCAAAGCCCACACAGGCGAUGCCGAGACAGUGUCCGUGAUUCGCAGGGAGCUCUCGGACCAAGUCAAUCACAUUCGGAUGCUCGAGUCUAAGAAUCGCGAGCAGAUAACAGAGCUUAAACACUUGCGACAGAUUCACAAGGCCGUGGAGGUGGUAGAGGAGGAGAAGCGAACACUACAGAGGAAGUUGGAAGCGGCGCAAACUCUGGAGACCGAGCUGGCCGAGGAACGAAGGCAACGUCUCAGGUUGGAAGAUGAAAGGAGAUCAUGGACCGCGUACUUGGAGUCCAAUUCAGAGGGCCCCGUCGAGUUCGACUCACCAGAAGCCGUGGCGAGGGCAUUGGUAGAGGAGCGUUUCCGCUCUGCCUCGCUCACCGAGCGGUUGGGUGCCCUCCAACCAGAGAUUGCCGACCGUGAUAACAUCAUCAAGUCACUGGAGGAUGAGAAAGCCAGACUCCUCGACCAAAUCGAGAAACUCAGGGCGACCAGCGGUCCUACUGCUAACGACAAGGCCCGCGCCCGUCUCGACAGGCAACGCGCACUCGCCGUCAAGGAAGUCGAAUACCUGCGCGCCCAACUAAAGACCUUCGACAUGGAAGACGUGACCAUGCAACCAGAGCAGCUCGACGAGCAAAAGGCCAAGCGGAUCCAAGAGCUCGAGGACCUCGUCGACAAGUACAAAGAAGAGGUUAACACCCUCCACGCCGACCUGACCUCGGUCGAGUCCGCGACCACCAGCCCCGUCCAACCCGUCCUGGCGGGCACCAAACGGCCCCGCGAGACCGACGAAGCCGAGUCCGAACAACUCGGUCAGCUGGCCCGCAAGAACCGCAAACUCCAAUCCGAGUUCUCCGACCUGCAAACCGCCCACCGCAUCCUCCAAAAGGAGCACGAAGUAACCACCUCCCAGCUCGCCGCCGCCAAGGACCAACUCAAAACCCGCAUCCUCUCGCUGCGCGACAACCCGACCUCCGAAUACGAAAAGAUCAAAACCGACACCCUCAAAGCCCUCAAGCUCGAGAACGCCGAACUACUCUCCCACCUCGAGCGGCAACCCACCUUAUUCGCCACCGUGCCCGCCACGCAAAUCGCCGCGCUCAAGCGCGAGAUAUCCGCCGCGCAGGCCGAGACGGCCUCGGCCCAAAAACGCGCCGACCGCUUAAAGCAGGUGUGGGCAGCCAAGUCCGCCGAAUUCAAAGAAGCCGUUUUCAGCACGCUGGGAUGGACCGUUACAUUCAUCCCCGGCGGGAAAAUGCGGGUGGAAAGUGUUUACUACCCUUCCAAGACCGAGGAGCAUGAGAAUAGUAUUGUUUUUGAUGGCGAGAAGGGCACGAUGAAGGUCGGCGGAGGACCGAGGAGCGAGUUUGCCAACAGGAUUGCGGAUAAUAUUCGGUUUUGGGUGAGGGAGAGGGGGGAGGUGCCGUGCUUUUUGGCGGCGUUGACGUUGGAGUUUUAUGAGGAGAUGAAUCAGAAUGGGGCCGCGAAGCAGUUGCAGGCGGCUGGGGGAGGGCCGGAAAGUGGGAGUGGGAGUGGGACGCCUAUGGAGGGUGUUGUGACUGGGACUGGGACUGGAACUGCUUAGUAGGUCAUCAGCUUGUUCGGUCUGAUACCCGGACCUGGGGUAGACGUUGUUUUGGGAAGCAUCAAUAUGGCGUUGGCUGUGAAUAUGUUUUGCUUUGCUGCUUUGCUUUAUAAGCUGGUCAGUGCCCCUUUCAAAAAAAGAAAGUGACAGACUUUAACGAACCGGAUGCUUAAGUUCCCCUCUAUCAGGCAGGCCCUUUGGCCUUUAUAUCACGCAGAAUGGAAUAAGACCAACAUGGUACUACACAUACAUACAUACAUACAUACAUAAUUUGACUUUAUAAAACGUGCGGAAAAU